GCAUGCCGGGAGAGCUCUGAACCGGGGUACAGGGCUGCACUACAUUUCCCGGGAGGCUGUGCGUGACAGCCGCGUCACGUGACGCGAGCGCGGGCUUUGGAAGGCGGUGAAGAGUGAGCGGCGGCUAGAGGGAACUGCAGCCGGGCUCAGAGGCGAGGGGCUUGGCACUACCUCGGCGCUACCGGACCAGAGCUGGCGGCGGAGGCGCAGCCAUGGGAAUUCAAGGCCUGGCCAAACUCAUUGCUGAUGUGGCCCCUGGUGCCAUCCGGGAGAACGACAUCAAGAGCUACUUUGGCCGCAAGGUGGCCAUCGACGCCUCCAUGAGCAUCUAUCAGUUCCUGAUUGCCGUUCGCCAGGGUGGAGAGGUGCUGCAGAACGAGGAGGGGGAGACCACCAGCCACCUGAUGGGCAUGUUCUACCGCACCAUCCGCAUGAUGGAGAACGGCAUCAGGCCUGUGUAUGUCUUCGACGGCAAACCACCGCAGCUCAAGUCGGGCGAGCUGGCCAAGCGCGGUGAGCGGCGGGCGGAGGCGGAGAAGCAGCUGCAGCAGGCCCAGGCUGCCGGGGCGGAGGAGGAGGUGGAAAAGUUCACCAAGCGGCUGGUGAAGGUCACGAAGCAGCACAACGACGAGUGCAAGCGUCUGCUGAGCCUCAUGGGCGUCCCGUACCUCGACGCCCCCAGUGAGGCAGAGGCCAGCUGUGCUGCCCUGGUGAAGGCUGGCAAAGUCUACGCCGCGGCCACCGAGGACAUGGACUGCCUCACCUUUGGCAGCCCCGUGCUCAUGCGCCACCUGACCGCCAGCGAGGCCAAGAAGCUGCCCAUCCAGGAGUUCCACCUGAGCCGCGUCCUGCAGGCCUUGGGCCUGACCCAGCAGCAGUUCGUGGAUCUGUGCAUCCUGCUGGGCAGCGACUACUGCGAGAGCAUCCGGGGCAUCGGGCCCAAGCGGGCCGUGGACCUCAUCCAGAAGCACAAGAGCAUCGAGGAGAUUGUGCGGCGGCUCGACCCCAGCAAGUACCCUGUGCCUGAGAACUGGCUGCAUAAGGAGGCGCAGCAGCUCUUCCUGGAGCCCGAGGUGCUGGACCCCGAGUCUGUGGAGCUGAAGUGGAGCGAGCCCAAUGAGGAGGAGCUGGUGAAGUUCCUGUGCGGAGAGAAGCAGUUCUCCGAGGAGCGCAUCCGCAGCGGCGUCCGCCGGCUGAGCAAGAGCCGCCAGGGCAGCACGCAGGGCCGGCUGGACGACUUCUUCAAGGUGACCGGCUCGCUGUCUUCAGCCAAGCGCAAGGAGCCGGAGCCCAAGGGGUCCGUGAAGAAGAAGGCGAAGUCGGGGGCUGCAGGGAAGUUCAGAAGGGGGAAGUAAACCCACCGUGCCCGUGCCCCGAGC